UGUGAAGUCGAUAAAUUGCCCUUUGCUCUCGUUUACUUUUGUCUAUUUUUUCUUGAGUUUUUGGAAUAAUUUUAAGUUUCAAAUAUUUAAUAUAUUAGGUUAUACACAUUUUAAUUGGUUUUUCCACUCCAUUUUUAAAUUGAAAACAUAUUUUUUCAGCAAGGUAAUGGGUAAAAACUCGGAAGUUCCUUUGACGCGCAGAAUGAGUCGCGACAAUAUAUCUCUUAAAAAGGUUUCAUCCAGUGGUAUUCACAAAAAUUCAAAGACACGCAAAAGGAAGAACAGUAGGAAAAUAAAAAAUUUGUUUGAUAAAUUGAGGAACGAGAGUUCUAAUUCAGAGUCUAGCACGAAUGUCACUGUUAUUGAAAUUACGGAUAGUAAUUUAGAAGCUCCAACUGAGCAGAACACUUCUUUAAAUCCAAUAGUCAUAGCUGAUGAUGAUAUAAAUAAUGAAACACCUCGAUCCGAUAUAAAUAUUUGUCCGCUGCAAUGUUCUACCCCAAAUGCACACUCUUCAAAGUCUCAUGCAUUAACCAACUUCAAUGAAGAUGUAGUUAACUUAACAAAGGAGAUAAACAAUGAAUCCUAUUUAACAAUAGAUCUCACUGCGGAGAGUACAUUAAAUGCUUCAAAAAGACCAGAUGCUGUGAUAGAUUUAGUAAACAAUUCUCAGGAAUCCUUCGACUCAAGUAUUUCAAUGAGUGGAGAUUCUGAUGUGACAGUUAUAAAUACUCAAAUUAGCAAAAAGAAAGUCAGCAAGCGCCAGAUGCAAAAGUUUGCUAAUGGUAUUGCACAAAUGGACUCAUCUGAAAGAGGAAAGUUGCUGGAAUUCAUUGCACAGAAGAUUUUUGGUGGUAACAUUGGUCCACAUAGUCCAAGAAUAAGUUUACAUAGCCUAAAAAAUGGAGUUAACUGUGCGACAGAAACAGCGGAAGACACUUAUAUUAAAGAAGUUAUUCUCGGCCAAGCUCCAUCCAGAAAUAGUAUAGGUAGUAAUAUAUACAACCCAGAGAGGGAUGUUAAGAAUAAAACUGGGCUUAGAAUGGUUGUGAUUGACGGCAGUAAUGUUGCUAUGCAACAUUCGAAAGGGCGAACAUUUUCUGUGAAAGGUCUCAAAAUCUGCAUUGAUUACUUUGUGAACCGAGGGCAUGUCGUCAAAGCAUUUGUGCCACAUUUUAGAUGUAAAAACGGUAAAAGCACAGAUGGUCAUAUGCUAGACCAAUUGGAGAGGUUGGGUUUGGUCGUGUACACGCCAUCAAGAGAGAUACAAGGCAGAAUGAUAACUUCGUAUGAUGACAGGUAUAUAGUACAAUGCGCGGCAGAGUUCGACGGCGUCAUUGUCUCCGGUGACAAUUACAGAGAUCUCUUGGCUGAGAAUCCAAGAUGGCGGUUUGUCAUAGAGAAUAGACUUUUGCAAUUCACAUGGGUCGGAGAUAUGAUUAUGUUCCCUAAAGAUCCUUUGGGAAGGAAUGGACCUACUCUGGAACAGUUUUUGAGACAUCCUUUCCCAAAUGAACGAAAUUAAUGUUACUGUUAAUUUUUAUUUUUUUAUAAUCUGUGUAGUUCAUAAAAAAUUGUGAUGUUCGAUGUGGAUUCUUGAGAUUUCAUAUUGUGCACGUUUAAAUGUUUUUUUUUUUUCAGAAUUCUGCGUACUCUUUAUUUUUAAGUAUUGAAAUUUUAAUUGUGUACGACUUGAAGAUAUUUUUUGAAAAGUUUACGGAUACUUUCGAAAAAAUUUAAUGCGCAGGAGAUAAUAUGAUCUCAAAGACUGACUUUACUAUUUUGAUGUAAGAUAGGUUAUAGCUUCAAAUUAUUGAAAUACGUUAAAUUUUGUAUAUAUUGUUUAAUUUAUGAUUCGUAAUGUUUGUAAGAUUGUAUCGAUGGUUUUUCCUGUCCUAUUGCUGUAAGAUUGCAAAAACCGUUAUAUUAUAAUGUAACCGGUCAUUUGUAAUCUGUCAAAUUGUGA